AUGAAGAUGGCAGCGUCGUUACCGGAAGAAGUAGAUGCGUACCUGGCAGAGCUCGUCAAACGUCUCCAAGACCUGCUGGCAGACCGCCUCGUCGGGAUCUACCUGUUCGGUUCUGCAAGUUACGACGCCUGCGAGCAUGGUCGCAGCGACUUGGACGUGCAAGCUGUAGUCAAAGACCCGCUAGAUGCAGCCGACAAACAAGCUAUCGUCGAUCGUUUGACUCACAAAGCCUUGCCCUGUCCAGCGACGAAGCUCGAGUUCGUCGUCUAUGCUCAGAGCACUGUGCAUCCCGCCAAUCGUCACCCUCGCUUCGAGCUCAAUCUCAACACCGGUUCGCGCCAAGCAGAUCACGUCAGCUUUGAUCCUGCCAACGAGUCAAGCCACUGGUUCCUUCUCGACAUUGCAUUGGGACGUCAGCUCGGUCGCAGCUUGUUCGGAUUGUUGACGAGAGAUGCCUUUGCUGCGAUUCCGCGGCGAUGGAUUCUGGAAGCGAUCGCAGACUCGCUCAAGUGGCAUCAAGCAAAUGAGCUGGCUUCACCGAACAGCGUCCUGAACGCUUGCAGAGGCUGGCGAUAUGCCGUCACCGGCAGCUUUUCUUCGAAGGUCGAGGGCGCAGAUUGGGCGAUGCAGCAAGCAGGCGUACCGGAUGUGAUCGGCAGCGCGAUCACAGCUCGCGGCGCAGGAGGCGAGCUUCCAGCAGACCAGGUCUCGCAGCUGUAUAGACUGAUCGAAGGAACAGUCAAUGCCGAGCUCGGAACAACCGAAGCGUGA